AUGCCCAAGGUUAAGAAUCCCCAUGUUUUCAUGGACAUAUCAAUUGGUGGAAGCAGCGCCGAGAGGAUUACAUUCGAGCUAUUCGCAAAUGUAGUUCCAAAGACUGCGGAGAACUUCAGAGCACUCUGUACCGGUGAAAGAGGCCUUGGAGCAUCUACAAAGAAACCACUCUAUUAUAAGGGAACAAAUAUCCAUCGCAUAGUUAAAGGGUUUGUUGCUCAGGGUGGUGAUUUUUCAAGAGGAGAUGGACGUGGUGGAGAGAGCAUUUAUGGUGGAAAAUUUCCAGAUGAAAACUUCAGACUACUGCACGAUCAGCCUGGUUUCCUGUCCAUGGCAAAUUCUGGACCAGACAGCAACGGGUCACAGUUUUUUAUUACAUUCAAGGCUCUACCUCAUCUUGAUGGCAAACAUGUGGUCUUUGGGAAGGUGGUCAGUGGAAUAGCUUUGCUUAAAACACUUGAAGCAGUUGGUGGUGAAGGCGGAAAUCCUUCUCGUCCCGUCAAAAUUGUAGACUGUGGUGAAGUUUCCAACACAAAUUCUCAAGAUCUGCUAAAGGGAGAGAAAGAAAAAAAACUAAGAACGGUAGAUGGUAACUCCAAUGCUGAAGGGAGAGCCAAAUUAAAAAAAGCAUCCGGUGAUUAUAAGCAAAGAAAGAAGAGAAAACACUAUUCGUCUGAUUCAUAUAGCUCAGACACUUCAGACUCAUUGUCCUAUUCUUCAGAUAGUGGCUCUGAUUCAGAAUCACACUCAUCAAUGGAUACUAGCUCGUCUAGUGAUCAUAGGCGUAAGAGAAGAAAAGGAUCUAAGAAGGAUAAGCGCAAGCCCACAAAGAGGAAGGGUAAACAUACAAGGAGUAAGAGAAAGAGUAGAGGAUCCAAAAGGCGAUCUAGACGGAGCUAUGGGAGUUCAAGUGAUGAUUCAGUAAGCUCAAAGACAGAUAACAGCAGUUCUGACAGUGAAAAUGGCAGCCAUCGUACCAAGCGUUCCUUGCCGAAAGAUAAAGAGAGUACCAAAAUGACAAAUUCAGAACAAGGAAGAUCUUUUCAAGAUGUAGACAAAGGCAAAGAAACAGUUACUACCGUCAACCGAUCACAAUCACAUGAUGGAAGUAAACCCUCAAACAAAGAUGACAACGGGGCUGAUGACAGAUAUGGGAAUUGCAAUUCAGAAGAUAGGAAUGAUCCAGGUGCAAGUUCCAGGAUCAAUCCCAUCCAGGUUGAUGUAAAUUUAGCAAAACCAGUAAAUGUAGAUGGCAACAUUGAUGGUGAUGAUGCAGAGGCUGGCAUGUCUAGAACUAGAACUAGUACAGAAAGGCACCUGCCAAGCAAUGAACCUGUGUCCACCAAUGGUAAAGAUUUAGCUGUGGGUUCUGCAGACAAUGGGCAGCCUCAACGAAUCAGGAAAGGACGUGGUUUUACUCAGAAGUAUGGGUAUGGAAGAAAUGGUCCUUACAGCAGACGCUCACCAGCAAGGAGAUACCGUGGCUCGCCAAGAGCCAAUAGCCCAUCCAGGUACCCAAGAAGAGGCCGAAGCAGGAGUAGGUCACGCAGCCCAGUGAGACGCCAUGACCGUGGAGGGUAUCACCGCCCCAGCCCAAGACAUAGCCGCAGCCCUGCAGAACCGAGACACAAUGUGAAUGAUAGGCCUCGAUCAGGUCAUGGUGGAGGUGAUCCUGACCACCGUGGCAACAGCCCCCCUGCCAACAGGUCCAGGUCGAAGAGCCAGGACCCCUUGAGAUCCAGAUCUCCUGAUGCUGCCCCAGCCAAGAGGGAGAGCUCGAAAUACAACCGCAGGCGCAGCAGCAGCUCAAGGUCCAGCAGCCCUGAUGGAAAGAAAGGCCUGGUUUCGUACUGA